AUGACUUCCAUACAGGAGAUGCCUAAUGAGCUCAUCCUAAUGGUGGUAGGUGAAGUAUCGCUACCCACCUUCGCCGCUCUACGACAAACAUGCAGACGGUUCUAUCAAGUCACCAUUUGGACUUUUGGGAGGAGAUACUUUCACACCCGCAAUAUCAUGCUCCAUGAGCAAAGUGUCCAGAAUCUCGUUUCCAUCGCGGACCACUCUGUCUUGGCUUCUUGUGUUCGAAAGGUUGGUUUUACACCCAUGGUCGUUACAAGGGACUGGCUCGGGUUUGACGAAGAAUGCAAAGCCCGUCAGUCCUAUGAAAAAAAGGAAAUGACAUUUCAGAACAUGCAAGAUAUACCCCAACGGCUACCGUCAACAUUCUUCAUGUUGGCCUUAGAAAAGGCCUUUGAGAGACUCCCAAAUUGCAACACAAUUUCGGUCACCAAUAACCAACGACCUUGGGGCAGAGGUAAACUUUCAUUCUUCCAGAAUCGGGAUAUCCGGAACUAUUAUGAGAUCCACGAGUCUGAAGCUCAAGCUUUCAUCCGAUAUUUGAUUGGGUAUCUCUUUAGCUUAAGCGUCAAAUAUGGCAUAGAGAAUGUCGAGAUCUUUGCUGAUAAAGUUUGCCACAAACCUUUGGUCCGGGGGCAUUGCAAUUGCAAAUCUGUCGGGAUAUAUGAUGUCUGCAUGGCACAGCCCGCUGCCGUGUCAAAGCUAAAGUCCUUGAAAAUGACCGUAAACGCAUGGCCUAGGGCUUGGCCAAACGACGCGUUUGCGCAGUUGCUUUCGUGCUUCCCCCAGCUAUCAAGCUUAACACUGGACUUUGAUGAGGGCACUGGUGAGAACCUCUACUUCUCGAAAUUCAAAAUACCAAGGCUCAAAGAGCUCACCCUCUCCUGCAAACUUUGCCAUCCAAGCGAAUUAGUAGACAUUAUAAAGCGGCACGAGGAGACCCUGGAACGUGUGGCUCUCUACGAUGCCCAGUUGGAAAAUCUGCCAGAAUGGCUCUUGGUGAUGGACGUUUUCUGUCAGAUGUCGUGGAUACAUGUAUACAUUGGUUGGCACAUGGAGACCCCAUUUAUAUACAGGAAAGGGCUACUCAGUCAAUUGUACAGGGAACUGUAUGAGAUCAGUGAGCUCAAGGAUGACAAUGACAAAAGAAAGGUGCGAGGCUUGCUCCAUCAAAUCAACGAUUUGGUCAACCACGGUUAG